CUCUGUCAGUUGGGCCCCAAAGUGUCACAUGAUUUCGCGUGAAAUUACCCUCCAGCUCAAGAUGGAGGCACCCUGGGUUGGGCCACACCACAACGCUGGACACGGCAUCUAAUGUUAGCGUGUACGAUACUGGAGAAUAGCCUAGCCAGUGUAGUGGCUGUUCUCAGCAGUAUUAAUGUCAUUCAAGAUGUGAUAACAUCUGAAAAGGCUGCAUUGUUGGGACACAUGGGCAGCGGUAUCCUAAUGGUUUGGGAGGGGUCUCAAGAUCAGAAAGUUGCGGCUUUGAAUACCAUCCUUCACUUCUGCUGCUGCUUGAGCAAGGCACCUAACCUCAUACUGCUGCCAGGGACUGUAACCUAUACCCUGUAUGCAAUGAACAGUAAGUCGCUUUGGACAAAAGUGUCAACUUAGUGUAAUGUAAUGUAAUGUAGCAUGUGGGAAGGCUACAUCACCAGAUCACAUAACCGCUCCGACUGGCAUCAUGCAAAGGCGUUUGUAUUUCACGAUAGUGCAUUCCGUGUUGCGGUGCAACGACUUUGCAUGUGAAGUCGUGCCCUGAACAAAACCAUUCCUAACCCUAACCGGUCAGUAAUGCAAUGUUUCUGCCACUUUACUAUUGCCAACAACAGCGAAGCAAGCAAGGGAAAUGGCAAAGAAAAUUUCCCAAACCAAAAUCAUCCUUAACCCUAACCUGUCACAAAGGGUUGUAGAGCAUAACUUAACAUGCAAUGUCAUUAGGGAUGGGAUAUCGGUAUUGGUAUAUCUGUAUCGGGUUCAUAUAUCAUAGUUAAGAGAUCGGAUUGGAUCAGAAUUUUCCUUAAGUCUCCGGUACUGAUUUUGAGCCAGAUGUUUGAAGUAUCUUGCUGUAAUCUACUCUCUUUGGUCACAGUGCACACACUGGGUAGACGCCGGUUAUAUAAACGCAGUUGCAUGAUGAUGUUGAAAUGCUGCCCUACGAGGACACGUAUGUAUUGAGACAUGGGCUGAUUUCCAAAAUUCCGAUACUUCCGUCCUCCCUUGUUCACUUGCCUGCUUGUGACCUCAUGAAGACGUAACUGACGACAGAAAAUUGAUUCAAUAUAUUGCAAAAGUGCAAUUUUAAUGUAAUUUUCUGAUUUGCAAUCAGGAUGGUGAACGAAGAACAGUCCCUUAAAAGUUGUUGUGGCUAGGCUGACUGUGGGGAAACUUAAUCGUUUUCUCCAUGGAGGCGGGGCAUCAGCAAAACAUGAGGCCACGAGCACAAGUGGAGGAUGAGAGUCCGCAUAUUGGAAUGCACCCAUGUUGAGGUUUUCUGGUUGACUUUUACAUGUUUGCUAUGCUUAAGUGAGACAUAUUGUUAUAAUAUACAAUGCGAUGUAAUAUAGUCUGGUAACGCUCUACAACAAUAACAAAAUUAUAGCUAAGUGAAUUGAAAAAAGAUUACUUUUUAUUGAAAUCGAAAGUAUAGCAAAAAAAUAUUGCCAAAGUCUUAAUCUGAAAGGCCUUCAGACCAUGUAAAAGAUGAGAUGACACAAUAAAUGUAUCUCUUGUUCACAGCUUUUUUAUCCUUAAUCUUGUGAACAUUGGUGUGGUUGCACAAAAGUGGAAAAAGUACUCAAAAGAAAUGUGAUGAACUUCCGCUACUAAUUUUGUGAAGUUUUUUUCUAGUGAAAAUGAAUGAAUUGGAAAGUUUGACACAUGCAGUUUAGGACGAUAUUGUGAGCCCCUCUCCUCAGUCAGGAUGACCUUUAUUAACAAGUGUCUUGAAACAAAAAAUAAUGUCAAAUAUGUUGCAUUUUUAAUCAGAUAUUCAUCUAGCCUGAUAAACCAGCGUAAAUGUGAGACUGAAUGUGUAAUUUAGUCUGGCCCCGAUGAACGAUACAUCCGAAGAUUGUUGAUGACCAUUGACCACUAGUGGCCUAGUGGUUAGAGAUUUGGUGUUUCAUAAGGCUGCACGAUAUAUCGAAAAUGUAUCGAGAGCGCGAUAUCAAGCAUGGCCAUGUGCACAUGUUGUCACUUGUUAACAAGAAAGGGUAUAUAUUGACUAUUAAUGAUCAGGGGGCUAAUAAUUUUGUCCUUGUCAUUUUUAUCCAUUUUUAUCAGUGUAAAAAAAAAACAAAUUAAUCUUACAGGAACAGGACAUUGCUAUUUGUCUCCAAAAUAACAGAAACGUAUGGUCAUUUUCACUGAGAGAUGUCUAAUUUCAGAAGGAGGGGGAGAUAAUAUCAUCCACAAUCCUCCCUCUGAGAAAGAGAGAUUUAGUAAGUGCUGAGGUGACUGAAAAUAGUAUUCCAAGCAACCCCAUAAUGUUAUCUUUACCGUUUGGAAACGCGUGCAAGAACGAGGCAAUGUAACGGGCUUUUAUUUUGACACCGGAUGCCUAGUGGCGGCCAUGUUGAAAAUCUAGUGUUGCUGGCUUCACGGAGCUCGCGUACGAAGACUUCAGGGACCAGGCAGAAGCUAAUCUUGAAAAGGCCGAGUUUCUACUGAAACCGCAUUGAUCUCCCGAGUCUUAACACUACGUUGCAUCAUAGGAGCGGAUUAGCGGUACAAAAAAGUGUUUUGAGUUUCGUUUGGAUGUGCUAUAUAGCGGAGUAAACCGUAUGCAACGGUGCUAAGCUAGGCGGCCUGUGUUCCCUGAUCAUCAUGGAUAGCCCGUUUAUCAACACGGAGGGUGCGUACGAACAGCAGAGCCCCGGGAGAUUUGCCCAGGAGCACCCAGGGUACUACCCAGGUUUCUCGCCCGGGUUUUUCAAUACUGAAUUCGGUUCACCAUGUCAACCGAUGUCUGAGCCGCCGUCUGCAGGAGUCAAAUUGGAGGCAGACGAGGACCGCGGCUAUGAUGAGGAGUCUUCGCCAGAAUCGGACAAAGUCCAGCCAGCCUCUCCAGCCACUGAACCACCAGAGACACCGAUGGGAGAUCGGCAGGUCAAAAUGGAGGAAGAGGACAACUGGCAGGAAGACAGCGACCGCUCCCCCACCAGGGAAGACCGAGAGUGGAAGCCGAAUAAGCAAGGGAAGCCUGCGAGCAAAAAGAAAGGAAAGAAGAAGUCCAAAGGCGGCUCCGGAGCCAAUUCCAGUGAAAAGCAAGCAAACAAAGAGGGUACUGCAGAAGACGGCGACGGCAGCCAGCCACAAGGAGCUCCCUCCACUGGAGGAGGAGGAGGAGGAGGAGAGAGACCGUUCGAGUGCGAGACCUGCGGCAAAUCGUUCACGCGGCUCAAAGACGUCCGGCGGCAUCAAACCGUCCACACGGGAGAAAAGCCUCAUCAGUGUACCACUUGUGGAAAAGCCUUCACGCGAAAGGACCAUCUCACAAAGCACGAGCGGACCCAUCUCAACAAACCAUACCAUCCGCCCACUGAUGACGACAAGCCAUCGGCAGACGGAGAGGGGCAGCCUCGCAAGGAGCCGCACCACCACGCGUGCCGUACCUGCGGCAAGAUUUUCGGUAGUCCAAGUGAUCUGAAGAGCCAUCAGCGUACCCACAGUGGAAUUAAACCCCACCAGUGCCCACUUUGUGGAAAAACCUUCACGCGCCAGAAAGACGUACGGAGGCAUCAGAGUGUUCACACAGGAGAAAAACCGUACUCGUGUACUACAUGUGGAAAAGCCUUCGCACGACAAAGCCACCUGGAGAGACACGAGAAAACCCACACCGGAGAAAAGCCGCACGAGUGCAUUGUUUGCGGAAAAGCGUUUGCGGACAAAGGCGAACUGAAAACUCACCUGAGGACGCACACUGAAGGAAAGCAACACCUGUGUGUCGAAUGUGGGAAGACUUUUACUCGAAAGCGCAGCCUGGUCGCGCACGAGCUCACUCACGCCGGCAUAGCACCCUACCAGUGCACGAUCUGUGGCAAGGCGUUCACUCAAAACCGCAUUCUCAUGGCGCACAAGCUGACUCACUCUGGAUUGAAGCCGUUUGAGUGCAUCGCGUGUGGAAAAGCAUUUACGAGCAUUGGCGAGUUGAAGAGACACGAGCGCACACACACAGGAGAAAAACCUUUCCAGUGCAAGACCUGUGGCAAAGCAUUCUCUCGAAAAGACCACCUCACCAUGCACGAGCAAACUCACUCUGGCGAAAAACCCUUUACAUGCACCUUAUGUGGAAAAGGCUUCGCUGUGAGGAUCCUUCUCAUGAGACACCAGCAGACCCACUCUGGGGAAAAGCCAUAUCAGUGUGCCACUUGUGGUAAAGGUUUUGCGCACCACAGCUCCUUAAGCAUCCACAAGAGGAUCCACAUCGCCUCCAAGCAGCAUGUGUGUCCUACUUGUGGCAAAAUGUUUGUCAGAGCGGACCGACUGAGAGACCAUCUGAACCUUCACACUGGAGAAAAACCGUACCAGUGCACCAAAUGCGUCAAAACCUUUGCGCAGGAACACCGUCUGAAAAAUCACUUGAGGACACACAACGAAGGAACUGAGCCGAACCAAUAUCUCUGUGCCACUUGUGGCAAGACUUUUACUCGACACCACACGUUCAUCAUGCACCAGAAACUCCACACGGGUGAAGCUCCUUACCAGUGUCAAACUUGCGGCAAGACUUUUGCCCAGAGCAGUCACCUCACCAUGCACCAACGAACGCACUCUGCCGUGAAACCGUACAAAUGCACCACCUGUGGAAAAGCUUUUCCGCACUACAGCUCUCUCUACACGCAUAAGAAGAUCCACAGCGGCGAAAAACCACACGCUUGCCCUACUUGCGGCAAGACUUUUGCCUAUGCACACCUGAUGAAGAGGCAUCACCGACGCCACACCGGGGAAAAGAAAUACCACUGCAAAGUGUGUGGAAAGACUCUGUCGCAGGAGUACGCUCUGAGGCACCAGCGCAUUCACAUGGGUGAGAAGCGACACCAGUGCACCACGUGUGGAAUGGCGUUCACACGCAGCCAUCAUCUCAAAAGGCAUCAGAUGAUUCAUACAGGGGAAAAACCUUAUAGCUGCUCCACGUGUGGAAUCGCCUUUGCAGACAAGCGCAGUCUGGAGAGUCACCAGAGAACCCACACUGGAGAGAGGCCGUACCAGAGCACCUCGACUGCUGGCAGUGCCUUUGCAGACAGGCGAGCUCUCAAAGUUCACCAGAGACCACCCCUUCCUGGAGAAAUCCCCAGUCAGUCCCACACCUACACAUACCUGUAGAAAGGCCUUGGCAGAUUAAAAAAAGAAAUCAGUGUAACAGAUAUAACAUUCAGAAAGGCCUUUGCAGACAAAAAGAAAACCCCAAAUCAGUCUAACAAAUGUAACGCAUGCGGAAAGGCAUACAGAUCUAACAUGUCAGCAGUGACACUGAUGAAGGCCAUUGAUUAGCAGUGACUUGUAGUGUUGUUCGUAUAGCACCACUGUGCAUUAUAAAUGCAGGACAUAAGUAGUUCUUCUAGCACAUUGUACACUGUACAGUAUAAAAAGAAGCCUACUAAUUGUUUGUGUUUUUUCUCAAUUGCUUGGGUACAUUUUGUUUUCCAAAUCUGUCUUGCAAUUCGCAAAAGAUAAAGUGGAUUAUGUUGACUGCAGUUGUAACUGCAAGUUAUGGCAAAUUCUCAGAAAGCCUCAACCAUGGAUGGGUUCUUCAGAGGGGUAAUCAAAGGGUUCUCCGAAUUAGAUCUUCAGUUAGUUCCUCCAUUGUGGAUGAAGCCCUAAAUCUCUGAAGAACCCUUUAGAAAACCUUUUGGGCGCUUCCAAGCUUCAAAGAGCCUUUAGAGGUUCAUCCACAAUGGCAAGUGAGGGUUCUUUGAAGAAAUGUUUUAUCUUUACAGUGUAUGGCUCGAGCACCUCACUUGCACCACAACAUUCAUUUACUGACACACUCUUCGGUCAAUUGACAUUACUGACAUGACAUACUACUUGUAAAUAACGAUAUAUUAUUUAAAAUGCACAAAUCUAAGCUUAUGUGAUCUCUCUCUUUGCCAUUGCCACUCACAAGCCAGUGUUCGUGACAUACAUGGCCUUGUUCGAACUUGACAUUUUUUUUGUAUGGUAGUAUGUGGACUUGUCCGGCUUUUGUUUUAACAGUUUGUUCAUGGUAGCCGUGGCCUAAUGGUUAAGGAGAUGGACUUUAGAUCAGACGGUUGCAGGUUCGAAUCUCAAACCCCACCCUUACCUCUCCCUACACCUCCAUCCAUACAUGGCCGAGGUGCCCUUGAGGAAGGCACCUUACCCUACAUUGCUCAAGGGACUGUAACCUAUACCCUGUAAAUAACUAAGUUGCUUUGGACAAAAGUGUCAGCUAAGUAUAAUGCAAUGUAAUUUUGGUAGUAAAUGAAUGCCUAAUUCCUUCUACUGCCAAUUCCUGCUGGCAUGUUGCGAUGAAGCAGUUGGGGUCUGCAACAGCUAUCAGUCGCUGUUGGUUUGAUUGGAGAGAUCUGUUGUAUUUGUGUUUUUGGGUUUGGAGAUUGAAA